AUGAAGUUGUUCGGCAAGAGGUACUUGGGCCUUCGAGGCACCAGACUCAAUGUCGCCGUGGGAAUCAUUGCUGGGCUUGAUUUCUUACUAUUCGGCUACGACCAAGGCGUCAUGGGCGGACUAUUAACCCUCCCCAGUUUCACGGCAACAUUCCCCGAAAUCGACACUACACCUGCCGGCACAGCUGGACUGAGCCCUUCAGAAGCAUCGCAAAGAUCAACCAUUCAGGGUAUUUCCGUCGCAUCAUACAAUGUGGGCUGUUUCUUCGGCGCCAUAUCAUGUAUCUGGAUUGGAGAUAUAUUGGGUCGACGAAAGACUAUCUUCCUGGGUUCAUCGAUCAUGGUUGUGGGAGCUACUCUACAGACAUCGGCUUUCAGUCUGCCGCAUUUCAUUGUGGGACGGAUAAUCACGGGCUUGGGUAAUGGGUUGAAUACUUCGACGGUGCCGAUGUGGCAGUCGGAAUGUUCGAAGUCGCAUCGGAGAGGACAAUUGGUUAUGGUUGAGGGGGCCUUGAUUACUUGUGGAAUCAUGAUCAGUUAUUGGGUCGAUUUUGCAUUUUCAUUCAUCGACUCCGAUGUCUCAUGGCGAUUUCCAAUUGGGUUCCAACUAUUAUUUGCUUUAAUCAUUCUGACUUUUAUUCUCGAACUUCCUGAAUCGCCUAGAUGGCUCAUCUUCCGUGGCAACGAAGAAGAGGCCCUCGAAGUACUCGGCGCCCUUUCCGAUAAAGAGCCCACCGACAAAUACAUCGUUGCCGAAUUCGACGCUAUCAAGGACACAGUUCUCGAAGCCGAAGCAACCACAUUCAAGGAUCUGUUCACCAUGGAUGAAGAUCGUCACUUCCAUCGUGUCGUUCUCGCCUAUGUGAAUCAGAUGUUCCAGCAAAUCAGCGGAAUCAACCUCAUCACCUACUAUGCCGCUACCAUCUACGAAACCAACAUUGGACUCAGCCCAUUCAUUUCCCGGAUCUUGGCCGCUUGCAACGGUACCGAGUAUUUCCUCGCAUCUUGGAUCCCCGUCUUCAUCAUUGAGAAGGUCGGUCGUCGGAAAUUGAUGAUUUUUGGUGCCGCGGGAAUGUCAUUUUCAAUGGUUAUGCUUGCUGCAAUGACUAGUAUUGGUGGGACAGGGCCGGGGAUUGUUGCGGCGGCGUUUUUGUUCAUUUUCAAUACAUUUUUCGCUAUUGGUUGGUUGGGAAUGACCUGGCUAUAUCCAGCAGAAGUUGUCCCUCUGCGAAUCAGGUCGAAAAGUAACGGACUUUCGACAUCUGCGAAUUGGAUCUUCAAUUUCAUGGUUGUUAUGAUCACACCAGUGGCAUUCGAUUCGAUUGGGUAUCAGACAUAUAUCAUUUUCGCUGUCAUCAACGCAUUCAUCGUUCCCGUGGUAUAUUUCUUCUACCCCGAAACAGCAUAUCGAUCACUGGAAGAAAUGGACACCAUCUUCCACAAGACGACUAGUGUGUUCAAGGUAGUGUCGGUGGCCAAGCAUGAACCUCAUCGAUACGGCAAGAAUGGUGAGGUGUUGAUCGAUUAUCAAGAAACAGAGGAACAUCAACGAAGGCGGAGCAGUGUGGCUAGAACAGCCAGCAUGGCGAGUCAAGGUAUUGUUGGCGGUGGUGGAGAUCGAGAUCCCGAAAAACGUGGGUAUCAUCAUGAUCAUACUCAACAGUUCAGAGGUGGUCAAGCUGGUCCGGCGCCUUUUGGAGGUGGUGGCAUUUGAUUAUGGAAUGAUGGGAUGGCAUGGUGAUUGAAGACGAAGAAGAAUAAGACGAGACCAAGAAAAUUGCAGAAUUGUUAGGCUCUGUGCUAUGUGGGUGGAUGAAAG